AUGACUUUCCAUGUGGCUACUUGUGCUGGGCUUGGUGGAAGGCAUCUCAGUAGUGCCUUCAGAAAAUUAAGAACUCUCUGUGGCAUCACUGAAUUACACUCUCUGCCAUCUAGAAGGUACAGUGAAGGAGGCAGACUAGACUUUAUGGAAAGAAAUCAACUUCCCUCUCCCACAAGUGCUCCAGCUGACCCUUCCACAGCCCCUCAUGUGCCUGUCAUGGUGGAGGAGGUGCUGGGAUUCCUGGCACAAAAGGACAAGAGCCGUGUGAUCCUGGACUUGACUUUUGGAAGUGGAGGACACUCGCGCAAGUUGCUGGAGGCUUCACCGGGUGUGCGUCUGGUGUGCCUGGACCGGGACCCCCUUGCCUACAGCUUUGCCCAGGACCUGCAGCAGCAGUACCCAAGGCGGGUUCUGCCUUUGCUGGGCAGAUUUAGUGACUUACCAACAUUGCUGACAAGAUUGAAGAUUGAGCAAGGGUUUUUUGAUGGAAUACUGAUGGACUUGGGUGUGUCGUCCAUGCAGUUUGACACCUCUGCCCGGGGCUUCAUGCUGAGCCAGGAUGGCCCACUGGACAUGCGCAUGGAUGGGGCAAGGGAUCCAGAACAAAUAACAGCAGCAAAUGUUCUGUCCCACGUGGAUGAAGACUCGCUCUACAAGGUGCUCAAAUACUAUGGGGAAGAGAGCCAUGCACGCAUCUUGGCCCGGGCACUGGUAGAAUCUCGCUAUCUGUUCCAGCGCUUGGAGUCCACAAAGGAACUGGCCAACCUUGUGUCGUCCUUGGUGGAAGGGGAGAGGCGCACUGACAGGCUUGGCCGCCAUGCCCACCCAGCCACCAAGACCUUUCAGGCCCUCAGGAUUUUGGUGAACAAUGAGCUCAAUGAGUUGGACUAUGCAAUGCGGCUGUCCCAAUAUUACCUGCGGCCCAGCGGGGUGCUGGUGGCCAUCUCCUUCCACUCCCUCGAGGAUACCAUUGUCAAAAGGCACUUGCAAGGUGUGGAUCUUGACCAGACUCCCGCAACCAUUGGGCUUGGGGUAGCCAAGCACCGCACAGCUCUGUCUACCUACUCCAAGACUGAAAUGGACAGUCUCACUGCCAAGCCCUGGAAGUCCCUCACCAAGCAUGUGGUUCUUCCUUCAGAGUUAGAGGUGGCCGCAAAUCCAAGAGCCAGAUCUGCCAAGCUUCGUGCUGCCCUCAGGGUAUAGCACUCGAGUUUAGGAAUGCCUAUAAUGUUAUUUUCAGUCUGUAAAUAAAGUUCUUAUACAACUAU